AGGGUGAAGAAGCAGAGAAGCUCAGAGAGUGGAUCUGCAUUAUAAGUAGCUAUGAGAGCAGCAAGUGGGAGUUGUUUUUAACCUGUUUUUGAUUUUCUGAGGAAAAACAGGAGUAAGAGGAACAAACAGAAGAGAAAUCAAGAAGAGAGACACAGUUUCAAAAAGUCUGCUGUGAUCCAAAAAGAAAGCCAAGUGCAGAAAGGGGAGGAGGGAAGCCGAGAGGAACUCAAGGCAGCGAUGGAUUGCAGACUUGCUCAGGCUGACCCUGGGAUGGCCUGGAUUCACACACUGCUGCUGGCCAUCGUCCAGCACAAACUCUAGGCUGCGAACGCCAGCGAGCUUCCAUGUGGCCAUCUAGCCAUGCUCCCUGGGUAUGGAUUCUCACAUUUUCCUAACUUCCAUCCCCACCUUCACGCUUUUCGCUGCCGAGGAGAGAGCCCCAGCAUGUGGAUCCCAAGCUCAGCAGAGUCUCAAGGUUCCAGCGAGUCCAGGGAGGGUCGGCCUCUCCUCCAUCCCAUCCAUCACAAGCAUGUGGCUGUGUGCCAGGAGGAAACGCUGGCAUUCAUUGAGCUACAACAACCAGCACCUUCUAAAUUAAACAAUCUUGGCUGUCAAAGGCAGAGCAGCGUUUCAGACUUACACUCUCAAUCAUUUAAUAGGUUGAGACAAACUCUAAAUGAACUGAAUGACGUGCAAAAAGGCAGCCACAACACAGACAAUGAACAAAGAUUGAAUGUAAACUCUCCAUCACAUGGUGAGAAUGAGGUUGAGGUUGUUCGGCAGAAUGGCACGAGUACAUCUCUACAGGACCAAAGUGAGAAGCCGCGGGCCAUAACAACAGUUUGCCGACCUCUCCAUGCAGCUCUUAGCCUCCCUCUGUCUCUGCCCCUGUCCUCCCUGUACUCAAACAGAGACUCACUGGAUUCUCAGGUACCUUACUCCUCUUCCUCUCCAGAAUGUACAGAUUUUCAAGGUUUGGACACCUGCCAGCCACAGAGGAGGACGUCACAGGGAUCUUUAAAACAGAAGUCUAUCCGGCGAAAGGUGCAGGUUUAUUCUUCAGACACCCUGAGCGAUGAAUCACUUGGCAGCCCCAUUCUGGAGCCGGAUUACAUCUUCCCUGGACCUUUUGCAUCUUUUCUAGAGGAAGACCUCAGUGGAUUAUCUUCCCUGGAGGCUGGUUCAAACCCUCCAUCCAUGGACAGUGUACCAGAUCUCCCAAACAUCAGUCAAGAAGAUAUUUUCAGCAUCCAUUCAGAACCCUUGCAGAUAAUAGAGGACUCAGAACCAGGAGCAGAGGAGGAGGAGGAAGGUGGUAUUGUGGAGACAUCGCUUCACCCGGGAGUGAGCUUUUUGCCACGCGGUCGACAAACUGACCAAGAACGCCGUCGUUUCUCGGCUUCAGAGCUGAUAUCAAGGCUACAACUCUCCCAAAGGAAGAACUCUUUCACCUUAAAGCUGGGGAAGUCUCUGUCUGCUCGGGUGUCUUCCAGAGACAGGCAGAGCUCCAACAUCCUCAGCCCAAAUUCUGACUAUAAGUCUAACUCCAGACUGCGCAGCUCAGGCGGCUCCAGUGAUAGCGGUAUCUGCAGUCCUGUUGGAACUGGACCUCCCCUGCCCAGUUGUGACAAUGGGAUGCCUUUACAUCGGUGGAGCACUAAACUUGGAAUGCGAAAGAAAUCCAUCGAAGAAGAUUUAAGCACAUCAUCACUCUUACCCACCUCAAAUCGCCUUUCACGUUUUUUGCCAAGCUCAAUCCUUUACCAGGAGUACAGCGAUGUUGCCAUCAACCGAGAGAUCCAGAGGCAGCAAGGGAAGGAUCCAGGAACAGAUGAGGAGGGGCUUAGAGAUGAAGGAUCAGAUGGAACUCCCUCUCCAUCAAAUCUCUCUCCAUCCAGCUCUUUUCGCUCUUCUCGAGGCUCUGCAUUUGCACUGUGGCAGGAUAUACCUGACGUGCGAACCAGCGGUCAGUUAGACACCUUCAGUAACGAAGAAAGAAAACUACAGGAGGCAAAGUUUGAGCUGGUAACAUCUGAGGCGUCAUACAUUCGUAGCCUGACAAUCGCUGUAGACCACUUCAUGCUGUCUCAGGAGCUUGCUGAGUGCCUUGGCGCUAAGGAGAAGCAGUGGCUCUUCUCCAAGCUGCCUGAAGUCAAAGAUGUCAGUGAGAGGUUCCUUCAGGACCUGGAGCACAGGCUGGAGAAAGACAUUCUCCGUUUUGAUGUGUGUGACAUAGUCCUGGAUCACUGCCCGGCCCUGCGAAGAGUCUAUUUGCCUUACGUAACCAACCAGGCAUAUCAGGAGCAAACAUACCAGCGUUUGCUGCAGGAAAACCCUCGUUUCCCUGGCAUCCUGGCUCGCCUGGAGGAGGACCCCAUCUGUCAAAGGCUUCCUCUGACCUCUUUUCUUAUCCUCCCAUUUCAGAGGAUCACACGCCUCAAAAUGCUGGUGGAGAACAUCCUAAAGAGGACAACACCAGGCUCCCGAGAUGAGGACACAGCCACAAAGGCUUUCAAUGAGCUAAAAAAGAUCAUCAGAGAUUGUAAUUCCAGCGUUCAGUCGAUGAAGAGGAUGGAGGAACUUAUUCACCUAAACAAGAAAAUCCACUUUGAGGGCAAAAUAUUUCCUCUCAUAUCCCAGUCCCGCUGGUUAGUUAAACAUGGUGAACUCCUGGAAGUGGACACUCAGACGAUGAGCAUUUCAGGAUCAAAACUCAAGCUGCCAACCAAGCCUGUGUACCUCCACUUGUUUAACGACUGUCUGCUGCUGUCCAGGAGGAAGGAUACCUGGAAGUUCAUGGUAUUUGUGCAUGCUAAGAUUGGAGAGCUGAAAGUGAAGGAUCUCAGCCAGAAGCUGCAAGGCAUCUCCGGCUUUAUCUUCCAUCUGCAGCUCUGUGAAGGCCAGCAGCUCAAACAUCAGAUCCUACUUAAAUCUCACACAGAGAGUAGCAAGCAGAGAUGGAUCACAGCAAUGUUUCCAUCUGAUCCGUUUGAAGACAUUGAGCAGGCCAGUGAAAAUGAUGAUAUAUCCCAGGUUCAGUGCAUUAAAAGCUACCAGGCCCAAGAGCACGAUGAGUUAACUCUGGAAAAAGCUGACAUUCUUCAUGCUAAAACUAUUACAAGUGAUGGAUGGGUGGAGGGCAUCAGGCUGUCAGAUGGGGAGCGGGGCUGGUUCCCCAAAUCCUAUGUGGAGGAAAUCACGAGUCGCAGCGCGCGCCUCCGCAACCUCAGAGAAAAUAUCCGCAUCAAAUGUGUCACACAGAAGCUGAAGGGGGAGGACUGAAACCUUUCACUGCCAUGCUUCAACUUUUUAAACUACUGAUUGUUUUCCUUUUAGAUGGAUGUAUGGCCUUUGCAGUUAGCAGGUGAUGAAAUAAGACCUUUUCUCUUCUUUUCUUUAACACAAUAGAAAGAAAGCUAAACUUUGUAUUCAUUUGUACAAUUUUUAGUUGGAGGCUUUCAACCUAUAUGAGCUUGUAGACAUUAUUUUUGCAUUUUCGAGAUCAAAUAAUUUAUUCUUAAUGUUUCUUUUCAGGGCUUUUUUUUUUUUCAAAAAUUGGGAAACAUGCUGAAAAAAACUGGAACAAUACAAUUUCUGAUGGAGAAUAUCCCUUCAGAUUGUUCCAUGCAAUCAAAUGCCUGGCAGAGCACAGGAAUCAUGCUUGUUAUCAAAUAUUUGCUGCUGACACACUUUGAUACACAGGAUAUCUUUAAUUUAGAACCCUUAAAGGAAUGUGCAAAAAUUAUUAAAUUAAAACUCUUUAGACUUUGACACCAAGGAACCAUUUUAUUGGAAUCUAAAGGGUCAGUGAUUCUGCACAAUAUGGAGAUCAAUCUUAUCCUAAUAUGGGAAUGAUGUCUAAAUCAUUUUGGGGUUUUCUAAUGCAUUUAUGUAACAAGAGUAAACAGGAUAAGACAUAGAAGAAAUGGUAGGACCAGAGUUGCAGUAUUAGAGUUCGACCAUAUGUCAUUUAGCCAAUUUCAAUAUUGGAGAGGUAUCUAAAAAUAAACUCAGAAGAUUAAUAGAGACAUAAAAAGCUUCUAGGCUGCAGAGCAAUUGUUCGAUUUCAAAAUUCACUGAAUUGUAUGAAAAAUUAUUUAGUAAUUACUUAUAGAUUUUCAAGAGGACAAAUCCAAAUAGGAAAAAAGGAGAAAAAUCCAGGACAUACGUGAAACAUUAUUUCCAGAUGCAACUGUAUUUUAUCAUAGUUUAGUUUUCAUUUAAUUCUUCACUUAAACUACCUUGAAAAAAAGAAAGUAUUUUUAACGAGCAACUGUUCCAGCUCCUUUAAAAGACUAAAAGAAAAACUGCCUCCUUUCUACCUGGAUAUAAAAACAGUGUUGGUGUUUUUGCAAACUACUGUUUUUCUGUUUACCAGAUACAGAAACAAGAAUCCUGAGACAAUGCAUCUCCCUGUGCCGAAAGCAACAAUUUUCUGUUUAAACUAUGUUCCCAAAAUCUAUAAUUUGGUUAAGUCAGAGGGGCAUACGUUUCUGCAAAACAUGAACUUUUUUUUAAAAGUCAUUUUUAAAACUCUCCAUCCUGCUGCUGUAAAUACUGGCAAAACUUUUGCUGCUGAAAAUAGAAACCCAAAUAAUGAUGCACUUUUUACUACUGAAAACAAUGUAUAUAUAAAAACACUUCAAUAUAAAGCUGUGUGGGAUAUAUUUCUCUUAUUAUACGGUCUGUGAAGUGACCCCCAAAUGAUUGAUAGGCUAGACUUUUUUUAUACGAGUAAACAGUAAAUAAGGAAAAUAAAUGGUUGUUUUAAAACAUAAAUAAACAUGAACAGUUCUGGUCAAAAGUUCACUUAUAACCAUCUGCAUUAAUGUCAUUGUUGUGGAUUUUUUAAUGAUUUAGACAAUAUUGUUUUUUUUCUGAGUAGAAUUGAUCAUAAAAGACGCAAUUUUCUACAAAACAAGGGAUUUGGAUCUUUGC